AUGGAAAGAGAUUUCAUUGGAUUGACUGUAAAACAGGAGACUCCUGAUGAAACCGUGGAUUCAGGUCCAGUGGGAAGUUCAGCAAUGCAGUGGUCAUUUUCAAACAAGGUUUCUGCUGUUCCUCAGUUGUUAUCUUUUCAGGGUGCUCAAGUAAGAAAGCCUAUGGCUGGUUUUGAUUCCCUUGCAUCAACUGGAUUGGUGACCAUAACGACUGCUGCAGAAGCGUUCAACUCUGAUCAGAAACCAUACUCAGGUGUCACGCAGAAAACCAUUUUCCCUGGAAAUCACGGGGGACUUCACUAUAAGGUGACAACCUAUCCUGCUCAGAACUUUGAAACACAUGGCCUUCAAGAUGUUAGAGUACCACCAGUUACCAUUCAAACAAAUCAAACAGUUUCGCUAGCUGGACAGUAUCUGACUCUUUCAGCAAGCCCGCAACCUCUGGCUGUUCCAGUGACAAAUCCCCUCCUGGCUGUUCCUCCUAGUAGCUCUGUUAUGGAUGCCACUGGAUUGAGAAGUGCUUCGAAGACUUCAGGUGUUCCUGCUCAGUUGACCAUCAUCUAUGCUGGUUCUGUGUGUGUUUAUGACAAUGUUCUUCCGGAAAAGGCUCAGGCAAUCAUGUUAUUGGCUGGAACUGGGUCCCACAUGACUUCUCGAACAACAGUCCCCACUGCUUCAAUUCAAGCACCUGCGCUCCCAUCUCCUAUCGUUGAUGGGUUUGGUGUAAAUAAACAUUAUGGCGCAACAUUGCACUGUUCAAGCCCCGUGUCUGUAACGUCUAUUAAUGUCUCUCAGUCUGCUGGACGGUUGGGUAGCAGCAAUGAUCUGACGGCUAUAAAACCAGGAGUUGGUCCAAUUCCGAAUAAAGUGGAGCCCGUGAAAGUAGUCAAUUUGAUUGGAUCUGUUCCUGCAACCUUUUUUUCAUCAGGCGCUGUCCCUCAGGCUCGGAGGAAGUCUUUGGCUCGGUUUCUGGAGAAGCGUAAAGAAAGGGUAACUGAUGCAUCGCCAUACACAAGCAAACAAUCUCUGGACUGUAGCACUCCUGGUAGCGCCAACAUCUCAGUGAACUCUUCAGGCAGCUGUCACGUCCAAGAAAUUAAGUAA